UUGGUACUGAUCGUUUAGACCUUCUUUUAGUGUUAUGUCGGCCGUCCAGAUAACUGCUCAUUGGACUCCGGAGGCUCUUGUGGUCCAUAAUGCAUAUCGUCAUGUCGGCCAUCCAGAUAACCCCUCAUUCGUGGGUUCAGAGCCUCUGGAGACUCUCGCGGAUCGCAUCCGAAGAUCGGCCGGACUGUCGGGGAGAAACAAGACUUGCAUUGCUUCUUCUACUAGUCCUCUUGGCAUCCAGAACAUGGGAUAGAAUUCACGCACUGGAUAAUGAGAACAGUAACCAACGCCAAGGAUAAUUCCGACAGACCCGAUAACUAGAACAUGCGUCGACUGUGAAAACACUAAGACGAGACGACAGAGAUGUAGCACAAUAACCUCUGUGCGUCAGGU